AUGCAAACAGCCACUGCCUCGAUCCUCGACGUCUCAAGGACGGGGGUGAUCCGAGAGGACAGCAGCAGGAACACCCCGAAUAACCGCACAGGCCAAUGCAGUCAGAUAUUCCCACCUCAUCUUGGCACAACCCAGAUAAUCCAUGGCAAUGGCACCACAGUUGGCACAGUCAUAGCAUUCCAGUGCUCUGCAGAACACCAGCUGAUUGGACAAAGAGUUGUCACAUGCAUUUGGAAAGGAAAUGGAACUCAGUGGACAGCAGACAUUCCUGCAUGUAAACCCAUAUCCAAAUUUGAAACCUUUGGAUUUAAAGUUGCAGUGAUCGCUUCCAUUGUCAGCGGUGCUAUUAUUCUGUUGAUGUCUAUGGCUUUUUUAACCUGUUGUCUUAUCAAAUGUGUUAAGAAAAGUGAGAGAAGAAGAGCUCAAAGAGAUGUGCAGCUGUGGUACCAGCUCAGAACUGAAGAACUGGAAACCAUGCAAGCUGCCUACUUUGGUUUUAAAGGCAGAAACAACAACAACAAUAAAAAAUUCAAGAAGAAAUCUGGAUUUGGUGAUGGUUUUAACAUUGCCUAUGACAACCAGGGUUUCUGCAGCUUCCAUGAGGAAUGGGUUGGAGACAUCACAGAGAUUGGCUGCAGUAAAGAUAAUGAUUUUAAUAGCAAAGUAACCAAAACCAGCAGCAUACUUAGUAAACAGUUAGUACCAGGAAACAAUGUUGCUAUACAUACCAUCAGUACGAUACAUGUCGUCGAGGUCUAUGGGACUGAAAAGGAUAUAGUUGGGACAAUAGAUACUCAUUUACCUGGAUAAGCAACCUCGGAAAUGCAAUUAAAGAUUUGUUGGACCAAAGUCAAAUGGGAAUCCAAAUGCCUGCUGAAUGUGCCUUAAAAACUGCAUCGAAAUAAAUGACUGGAUUGUUCCUCUGUAUCUACUUCAGUAAAUGUCAGAAUAUAUAAAUGAAAAUGAUCACAUUCUGGUGUGAUUUAAAUAAAACAGUGUAUACUGAUAUUUUACAGCAAUUAGCCAUGACUGCAAUUUGCUUUCAAAAGUGAUUACAUUAAGAAAACAAUGAUACCCUUCUUCAGC